UCGGUGAGGUCUACAGCUUUGGCUCUUUUCUAAUAUUUGACCAACACAUCAAGUGAUUUGAGUGUAUCAGGAUGAACUUGGUGUCUGCGGCCACCCAGCUUGCUGUAAAAGUGUUUGAAGGGCAACAAAAGACAAACUGACACAGACAGAGAGUGAGAAGGGAUUUCUUUCUGUAAGGGAUUCCCCCGCCCAAGGAAACAGAGGUGUACUGACAGACUGUCAGAGUCAUGAACAGAAGCUGGAGGUGGAACAUGACAUCUGGAACCAGCUGAAGCUGUCAGGCUUCAUGUCUCUAUCCUCCCUUGAGGAAAGACACGAAGAUGUGUGUCACCAACGAUCACUCCAGCAUCCUGGCCAUCAUAUUCCUCCUCCUUUCUACUGAAGUUUUUUCUGCACACUUUCGGGUGUGCGAGCCUUACUCUGAUCACAAGGGGCGCUACCACUUUGGAUUCCACUGUCCUCGUCUCUCAGACAAUAAGACGUACAUGUUCUGCUGUCACCAUAACAACACAGCCUUCAAGUACUGUUGCAAUGAGACCGAGUUCCAGACAAUCAUGGGGGUCAACCUGACCACAUCUCCAGAUGGUUACGCUCACAACAAUUACUCUGCCUUAAUCGGCGUGUGGAUCUAUGGAUUUUUCGUCAUGGUGCUGUUAGCCCUUGACUUCCUGUAUUAUUCUGCCAUGAACUAUGAAGUGUGUCGGGUAUAUCUGGAGAAGUGCGGUCUGGGGGGCCGCUGGCUGAAACAGUCCCGCACUCAGUGGCACGCCACUGGGCAGGAGGAGAAUGACGGGCGUCCCGUUCAACCUAGAGCUCUAUCAGAACCUUAUGAGCAACAUCAUCAACACAGCUGCAGUCAGACCAGACACGGCAUGAUAGAGGACACACAUAACACAACACAGAUCACACAUAACACAGCAACAGCCUGUGUCUCUUGUGUGGAACUACUUUGAAUUGGGUGACAAUGACAGCAGAGAGACACAGCUUCAUCAUUCAGAAUUCAGUUAAUAUAUGAGGACCAACUCUUGGCGUACCCCAACGAGGAAGUGCAUCAUGGAAACAUGCCCCCGCUGCGUGGACCUAAAUAUGCAUCGGGGGGGCCCAAAGCCUGAACCUGCUCAAUGUGGUCCAAAUCUCACUAAGCACAAACUUCAACCCCUCUACAAAACUACCAGAACCCCUGAGAACCAAUGAGGAGCUAGAUGGGUUUCUGAAGGGGUACAAUAAGCUGUAUUGAGAUGUGCGGAAGUCCAGAAGCAAACCUCGGACUGAUGCAUAAAAAUUCACAUGAGCACUAGAAAGUCGAGACAAAACUCAACAUCUAUUAGAUGUUUUUGGGAGACCUUUGUAGCCGUUUCUGCACUUUUUUUGUGAGUUUGUCUGGAUUAAACUAUCUGUAACUGUGGUAUGUUGGUUUAUUUAUUCAUGGUCAGGGAAUAUUUUGACAAAUGAGAACUGAAAGAUGGAUCAAAGUCCUCCAACAUCAUUUACAAGAUUCUCAUUACCUGUUAUGCCUUCUUAUGACCCAGAAUUUGAGAUUAUAUGAGCUUAUUGUAGUAAAUGUCACUCACUUGACAUCGUUUUCUGGUUAAAAAUGUGUGAAAUUAAUGUUUUUGACUACUGUUGUGAUAUUAUAAAAUUGUUCUCAUUUGUGAGAAUCAUUGAGGUAACAAAUUGUGUUAAGGGUUUUGUCCAUUUUUAUUUUAUUUCAUGCCCUUCGGAUACUGUAUGCCACGUUAUGUUGCUGAGACUGGGAAGAAAUUAUUCUGCAGUAUUCCCUUUGUUAACAAUAUUAAUUGGUUGAGUUUUUUAGAUUUUAUUUUAGUUGUAGUUUUCAAGUGAUCUGCCAAAAUAAAAACUCAAGACUAUUACACUCUUUGUGCGUUUCAAAAAAUUGCCAUCAAUGUAAGCGCAGCGUAGUUCUAGCGGGAAUACUAGCAGCUGUAGAUCAUCGCACCAUUAGCUGGGUAACUCCUGGCCAAUCACAUGUAAGCCAUUGCUUUAUAAGUCUGCUCACAAUCUAUCACAUUGCUGUUUCAGUGUGCUAACACGGCAACCUCCACCACACCACCACCACCUGUUGAGUCCCGUCCCGCACAGGGGUAGGCUCCUCGCCCCUGCCUCCUAUCUCCGGCAGGAUAUGACGGUUCCGAGUACAACUUCCUCGGACCGCCAGACGGGGCCUACGCUAAAGAGAGACAUUACCUUUCUGUUUUAUAUUCAUCAA